AUGGAACAGGCCGCUGACGCGCCCGAGCCGGCACCGCCGGCUUCAAACGCUGCGAUGUCCCUCCCGGUUGAUUGGGAUCCGUCGAUGAUGGCCGAUGAUAUCGAGACUCUUCGACGCGAGUACAAAACACAGGUGGAAAAUUCCCUGCCGUCUCCGAGACUUCAGUUCAAUUACGCAAAAGCACUGGUCUCGUCGUCAAGGUAUUCCGACAUCGAAGAAGGCAUUUUCCUCUUGAACGAACUGUUCGAUGUUGGUUUCCACCGCCCAGAUUGUCUGCACACGCUCGCCCUGGCCUACCUCAAAGUCGGCAACUAUGCCCAAGCCAAGGAGAAGCUUGACAUUUGGAUCCAUCUGGAGCCGCAAAACUGUGUUCUACGAUACCAGGUGUUCUACGGAGUGUCCAACAUGAAGAUCCUGCUUCGCAGGUUCUCGAGCGCGCAUCCCAUGAUGGAUGGAUCGGAGAUGGCCUUCCCUCAUGCAGAUGGAACAGGUGCUUUCGUCUUGUCUUUUGUCGGUAUCAGCCUUGCCAAAGAUGUGCAUCACCCUGGACCACUGAUGGUGUCUGCAGCUACGGUAGAUUCAAUUCGAGGCUCGGCCUGCCUUCCGGAAACGACCGAGGGGUACGUCCCCGUUGCAGAGCGCAAGAACGUCACUAUUGACGGCUAUACGGUGCCUAUUGGCUUCACCAAUCCGAACUGGGAAUCCGCCAUUAUCUACAAUACGGUGGCUUCGAUUCUUGUUGAGGAGAUCAUUGGCUUCAACACGAAGCUGGGGCCAUUCGGAUCCGGCUCUCCGAAUGCCUUCGAGCUCGCUGCCAACGACCCGACAGUGCACGUUGCCCAAGAGCUGUGGGAUUACGCGCUGACUGCGUUCGCCGCAAGCUUCAAUGCAGCGAAUCCGGACAAGGCCCUUGACCGAGUGAAGGCGUUGGACUAUUCAGGGACAGACGGCAUGUACAUCUUCCCGAAGACUUAUGAGCCAUACUACACAGACUCGGGUAAGUCACUUGAGUUCUACAAGGACCUCAAUGUGAGUUGGGGCAACUAUCAGAACUACUUCUCCCAGAUGUCGGUCUUUACCGAUCCUUCGGCUUUUGACGACUGCAGUCACCCAACCGUGGCAUCCGAUGGAGUCAUGGACGACUAUAUCAGAUUCACAGGCGAUGAGGAUGCCAUAGUCACUGUCAACGGGCAGAGGAAGUGGAUCUGCUACCAGGAGAAGUGGUGGAUGUCACCAGCUUGCCGGGAUGCGCCAAUGACUUGCGCACCCAUGAUCACGAACUCGUUCUGGUCCUACAACCCAUCACGGCAGAAGGCUGCUGUCUACAACAUCGCCAUGUCCAUUGCAAACACGAUCGCGUAUGGCGACUACACGUCUAUGCCGAAGCAGCACAGAACCUUUUCGUACUGGUGGUCACCUGACAUCACCUUCAAGGCGGACGGGGCAGUAAAGGUGAUCUUCCUCCCGUACAGAGAAGACGAAUACGCGAUUGGGAAGUUCACCACCGACGUGAACGACGUCCCCCUGCUGUCAUAUGUGCAUAAGCAGCUGGGAACUGCAGCCCCAGCCGUCCUGUCCAUGCUGGGCGAUAUGGCCAUCUACAAGCCUGACAUGGAUUGGCUACUGGAGGAGGUGGUGUUGGGGCGAACACUUGGUGUUGUCGACGCGCAGUAUGAAGCAGCGUGUCAGUGGGUGAAGGACAACGAGAUCCGCUGGAAACAAUGGAUUCCAAUCGCCACUGCAUGCAAGCGAACGCAGGGAUACGGCAUGGUCACAGAGUUCGGCGAAUUCGUGAGUACACGGCUUCCCGAUGCGGCUGGAUGUGCACUGUGUGUGCCGGGACGAUUUGCGGAUGCUUACUCAGACGACGAUGGCAACUCAGCCAUCUGCAACACCUGCCCCCAAGGAGCAGCUCAAGACCGGGGUGCACAGACAGCCUGCGCAGAGUGCGAAGCCGGAACCUACAGUUUGCCUACAGGUACUCGGUGUGCCCGAUGCCGCAGAGGCACCUACCAGCCCAACAUAUCCCAGACAAGCUGCCUCAGCUGCCUUGAGCCACAGACAACGGCGACUGUUGGCUCCACUUCGCAGGAAGCCUGCAUCUGCCCCGCGGGCACCUAUCGCCCAUGCCACGACUUUGACGACGGCGGGGCGCUUCGACCGGAGUGCCAAUGUGAUACAUCGCUGUAUGUCCCAGCUUCCAGCAUCGGACAGCGAUGCCUGCCAUGCCCGGAAGGCAUGGAGUGUCCGGAGGGCUCCGAUGAACAGUUCCUCCCUUGUUCAGAUGAGGAGAUUCAGAACUCCACUGCGUUCAGCUAUCCUGUGCCGCAGGAAGGCUACUUCGUGGAGUGGAACGAGCCGUUGUGGGUCUUCAAGUGCAUUGACCUGCCCUCCUGCCCGGGCGGCAUGGCCUCGAACUGCGGAGAAGGCUUGCAGGGAGCUGCUUGCGGAGCCUGUGCAGCAGGCUUCUACAAGCAAGCAGGCACCUGCCACAAAUGCGGCGAGAUGGAGAAGCAUCCCCUGUUCCUCAUCAUCCCGCUUCUACUGUCGCCGGCCGCCAUCUUUGUCUUGUACAAGGUGUCGCAGGAUGACGUUGGAAAAUGGGGAAAGACGACACAAGGUUUCGGCGGCAUUGGCUACCUGCUUCUCGUUUAUGUCCAGUCGAUUUCCGUGAUCAUGGCCGUCUUCCCCACUGUCCCAGCGAUGCUGAGCUCAGGCUUGAGUUGGAGCGGGGCCAGUGCAGAGAUCACAUCUCUGUUCCGCAUCGAGUGUGCAGGCCCUGCCGGUUUUACCGAAAACUUCCUGUUCAACCUGUUUCUGCCAGAGAUCGUUGGCUUGGUCUUCUUCUUGACUUGGCUGAUAGCUCGGUUCAUUCCGAAGAUCCGGAUGGACGGCGACAUCGUGCUCGGUUGUUUCGGAGGCAUUCUGAAGACCUUCUUCGUCACGGUCGCUUCCAAGUGCUUCUCCUUGUUCCAGUGCUACAGUCAUCCGAACGGCAUGCGGUCAAUGCGGUCUUCGCCCGAGGUACUGGAACACUCGGAUGUGUGGCUCAGCAUGGUCGGCUUUUCGGCCUUCGCCAUCUGUCUCAACUGCCUUACUCUGCUCGUGGUCUUCGGGUGGGCGAUGUGGGUGGCCCCCGCAAGGUUCCACCAAGUAUCUUUCCGUCGGCGCUGGAAGUUCAUGAUUCAGAAGAUGAGGCCAUCCGUGCAUUGGUGGAUGAUGGUCAUCCUCAUCAAGGGCCUGUGGUUGGCUCUGACAUCAGUGCUGUGGAACACCACGAUGACUCAGUCGCUUUGGAUCUGCGCAGGCCUCCUUGCUUACUUCACGGGCAGCUACGUUCUGCUGCCAUGGCGGAGCGUUUUCGUGGCCAUGCUGGACAUUGGCACCCACGUCUCCAUCUUGCUGCUUUGCCUGCUCCUCCCGUUCCUUUUGACCUUUAAGCCCGAGGAGUCUGAUGUGGCUUCGAUGUUCUUCCUUAUCUUGGCCGGUCUCUCCUUCCUAGCCGUUGUGACCAGCCUCCUCUGGAUCUUGUACAAGGCCGCGUGGCCAGGCUACAAGACCAGAAGGGAGAGGAUGUUGAACUACUAUGCAAAGCGCAUGGCCGAGGUCUUCCCGACCGCCACGGACCCUCGAAUGAUGGCAGACCUGAUGGGGGAAAUCCCCGCUCUGGACAUUGUGAACUUAAAGUAUGUUGCAACGAUGAUGUCGGCAGAAAUCCUCGACAAUCGUGUACCUGGGCGCCUUGUUUGGCAAGAGGAGAAGAAAACGGACCCCGAAAAAGAUGCGUUUGUGUGCGGCAUCACGCGGUCACAGGUGACAUGGGCUUAG